AUGCGACUCACAACAUUUGCUGCCUUGUUGUGUUGGACGGGCAUCUGUCACGGAUAUUCUGUCACAGAAUCGGAAGACAUCGUGCAUGGCCUAUUCAAGCUUAAUUCAGCACGUUAUGGAUAUGGGUACUGUCCUUUGAUUUGGGACUCUACCCUUGCCUCCUAUGGGCAAGACUAUGCCAACCAAUUAGGCUAUGGUGCCGCGGUACCUGACAACUUGCAGAGAACUGCUAUGUACACAGAGACCUCGGCCACAUGCACGGGUCAACCACAUACGCGUACUUUCGAGUCUGCUGCGAAUUUCUGGCUUAUUGCCAAAGACAGGCCCAACCAUGAACAAAAGGACUACCACAACUACAAUGUAGUCAUGGAUCCUGAGGCAAAUCGCAUCGGAUGUGGUCAGGCAUACGAUUAUACAAAUCCCUGCGUUUUUCAUACGACCAAGACGUUUCUUCCUGUCAUGAAAACAUUUCCCCGACCUUCACCUUCCGAGUCAAUCGAAUUUCGCACAAUGGCCUCACGGGCACCUUCCUUCGCCUCCAAAGUCCUGCGCCAGCUGCCAAAGCAACCGCAGCGCUCCUCACAAUCAUUGCGCGCUCCUUUCAUUCGUCCUACCACUAUAAACCUCCAGUCUUUCCGAGCAGCGCAUAACAUUCCACGACCACCUGCCCAAACAUACGCCAAACCGAAACCUGAGCAGGCGCAAACUGGCGAGACGCCAAAAAGCGAAGGAGAAAGGCCGGAGAUAAAAGCGUCGCACUACCAGCUAUCAUUUACGUGCAUUCCAUGCGGCCAUCGCUCCCACCACAAUGUCUCUAAGCAGGGCUACCAUUAUGGCUCUACGCUCAUCACAUGUCCUGAGUGCAGGAACAGACACGUCAUCAGCGACCACUUGAACAUCUUUGGCGACAGGAAAGUCACUAUCGAAGAUCUUAUGAGGGAAAAGGGUCGUCUUGUUAAGAAGGGAAGUUUAGGCGAAGACGGCGAUAUUGAGUUUUGGCCAGAGGCAUCUCUUCCAGCAGACAUUGAAGCUGGAAAGAACGAGAGCUCAUGA